UCUUUUGUUGUGAACUUCUCAAAACUUCCCAUUUGCAGUUCUUUUAUAUUAUAAAUUAUUUCUCUUUGUAUUUUGUAUGCAUUUAUGUUCAUACUUGAAAAAAACUGUAUGGGAACUAGAUCUGAUGUAUUUGUUGUCAUUGGGGCACUUAUUGGUGACGCACACGGUGGCGCUGUUGAGCGAGAGAGCUGUUUUGCCUCAGAGCACUGUGUGAUGCUGCUGAGGUCAGACCUGUUCAUGCUCUCUUGCAUCUCUCCCCACUAAUAUUGGUAUGUUUGAAGUGUAAUUUGUUAAAAACAGUUCAUGAAAUUGUUAAAGCAAUAUAAUCUGUAUGUGUUAUGUUUAAACCUUGAUGGAUUGUAUGUUUUACACGAGUUAUAUGGGACCUUGUGUGACGCACGUGUUGCUAACAAGCUGGUGUUGUGUACCCCUAGUGGUGAGCGGAGAGACUACGUGCAGCGUGUUAAUUUAAUGAAGUGCCCAUAUUUUGCAGGUAUGCAGUUCAUAAAAUAUAAAAAAGGGAUCUAUUUCAUAUAUAAUUGAUUUAAAAUGAUAACUAUUUGCAGAUUGAUGCAUUACUUUUAAAAUGUAUAAAACCCAGUAAAUGAUUACAAUGAUUAAUUGAAAACAAUAUUUGGUUUAUAGUGUAUACAUUGAUUGUAAUUACAUGAUUGCAAUGUGUUGAUACAAUAAUUCAUAAACUUUUUCAUUUUCAUUUAUAAAGAUAUGAUGCAUAUUAGUACAAAAGAACACACAACUGACUCUUUAUGGAGAAAAUCUUUAUUGAAGGGUUGUAACAUGAUUCGAUUAGACACUGUUGUUGUUAUAUCAUUUGAUCUUACAUUGAUUAUCAUAUGUUUUUAAUUUAUUUCCCCAUAAUGUCAUAAUUAUAGUGAUGUAAAAACAUAUACCUCUUGCCUGAGAGCACUGUGUGAUGCUGCUGAGGUCAGACCUGUUCAUGCUCUCUUGCAUCUCUCCCCACUAAUAUUGUGGUGAGCGGAGAGACUACGUGCAGCGUGUUAAUUUAAUGAAGUGCCCAUAUUUUGCAGAAAAUAAAAAGAAGAGAUCCCAUUCUGUUGUCCCUGGCUUGUGUUCUUUGAGAAGGAAAAGCAAGUCUGCUACAUUAGCAAUGUAUCUCUUGUUGGACUUCUGUUUAGAUGAGUGGGGAAAUACCCGUGUGCCCGCUGUGAAGAGGCAUCGUCAAGGUUUGCUUUCAAAUCUUGUUUGACACCCAGGUGGCCAUUAAUUGAACUGCUGCCAGGAUACCUGUCAGUCUGGAUACCUUUUAAUACUGCACAUAUCUUUUAGAUCCCGUUCCACGUCUCAAGGCAACAGUAAGCACUGAAAGAAAAAUGGCAGACAAAGUGGAGAGUCAGUCAUGUGCCAGGACAUCCAGGGAUGCUUCAAUGCCAAAGGAACUUAAAGGUAAGACACAACAAGAGACCAAAUUUAAAUACAUUAAAAAAUUAGUACACCAUUGUAUUUACUUCCCAAUCCUUAAAGCACAGGUGUCAAACUAGAUUCCUGGAGGGUGCAGCUCUGCACAGUUUAGCUCCUUCAUGAUCACUAGAAUAGAUUUGUUCGACUUCAUGCCGCGCUGCAAGAACCGAAAGGCAGAUGAAGUACUGCCAAGCAAUUUUAAAAAUUAAUAUACACAGAAGUCUGCUUUCGUUUUGCUCCAGCUGUACUUUGAUGCUACCUGCCGAUCUGUCUAAUCACAGGUAGGCAAGUUUGAUUAGGGUUGGGUCAAACUCUGCAGUGCUCAGGCCCUCCUGAGUAAAAUUUGAGGAACCAUGCCCUACACCGUAGCCUGAAAAGCACCUCUCCAGAAACGUAACAAUGCCAAACCACAAGCAUUGUGAUUGGUUUGCAUGAACCCCUCUUUCUGGUCAAAGAACUCUGAGAGAGUGUCACAUAUACUUAUACACAUUUUUAACGGGUGAUCUUGUCUUGGUUACACAAGCAACAUGCCAGAAGUAUGUCGGAAAACCAGCUUGUUGCAUAGAGGCUAUGCUGUAGGUCUGAUGCAGAAGUAAAAAACGCCUUUUAGUUCACCCAAAUGCGAAAAUCCUGUCAUUGUUGUUUAUUCACCCACAUGUCAUCUCUACGGAGCCCCUAAGGGGACUAACACGCGCACGCAUGAUAGUUUCACGUGAACGCACGAUAAUUUCACGUGAUCACCCGAUAGUUUCAUGCAAGUGUCACGGCCCGAGCGGACCACGAACUACGUGGGUCACGCUCUUACCAAAAGUUCCGCCUCGAGGAGGUCCCCAAAGCACCCCAAUGACCAGACAAACGAAAGGUAAGUAAAAUGAUAACAAAGCUUUAUUUAAUUUAAUUAAAAGAAUCAAGGGAAUGGGGAAGGGAGUCUAAAAUGUCCUCUGGGCUUAUAUCCUGGCGUGUGUAGGGUGGACUGGACAUUCGUCGAUGCGGCUGCUCCCGAUGGAACCCACAAGGAGCUCCGUUUACCCUGAAGGGGAGGAACACAGACAAUAAGGCACAGCACCACACUGCAAACUAGUGUACUCACGGCAGUCGAUCACUCUUCACACUACACUCCACACACUCCGGUGAAUAAUUAAGGUCUGGGCCCCUCUCUAGGCGAAACCAGCUCGUGGACGAGGAAGGCAGCCACUGAUGUCGUGCUGGCGAAACACCAGUCAACUCAAAGGCUUCAGUGCCCGCUGCCUAUAGGCCCGCUUAGUCCCCGGCUCGCCCACCCGCUCCACACCAGGUGGGGCCGCUAGAAGGUAAGGCACACACACUCCUUUAAUGUUUAGGUUCCUUGUAGUUUCUCUCCAGCUCACUCGGUGUCCGGCUCACCCACUGACUUCCCUGGGUGGGGCCGCUAGAAAGGUAAAGCACACACUCCUUUAACACUUCGGUUUGCCAACAACAAUGUAUGCAAUCACUCACAGCUCCGUGGUUUCUCUCCAGCUCACUCGGUGUCCGGCUCACCCACUGACUUCCCUGGGUGGGGCCGCUAGAAAGGUAAAGCACACACUCCUUUAACACUACAGACUCCUCAAACAACAGUGUUUACAGUACAGUUCUCUUCCAGGCGUCCUCGUCUUCAAGCGGCUCCGUAGGAACAGUCACUCGAGCCUCCGUAUAACCCCACAACAAGCCAGUCGUUUGUAAUGUUCUUAACGCUGUUGCUCACCCUUCGUUGAUUCUCACUGUGUCUCUCUCUCUCUGUGCAGGUCUCCAAUCUUUGCCCAACGCACUCCAAUUCUGGACACUUCAACUCUCUAUGUCCAACCACGCCGUCCUCUCGACCAGACCAGCCCCGCACUCUUUCCGCCCGCUUGCCUCGCGGUUCCCGGAUCAGCGGGGCCUGCAGUCUCUUCAGCGGCUGGUGGUUGUUGUACUGCCCAAGGCAGGAGUUGACUCGAAGUCACUCAUCGCUGCCUCAUCCACGCACCUGUAGCAAAUUAUGCCUGAUUUUUGUUUCCAUGGAGAACCAGGAAGUAAACAUAGGUUUGGAAAAAAUUGGUCCGGGCGGAACCUCUCCAUUUUUGGUUCCGCCCUAAGUCACUCCGUGACACAAGCAUGCGAAACUAAACUUUAAUUUAACUUUAAAAAUUCUGCACAUGAGGGUUUCGCGUGAGCACAUGAAAGUUUCACGUGAGCAAUGUCACCUUAGUGGCUCGGUACAUUUCAAACCUGUAUAACUUUCUUUUUUCUGCAGAACACAAAAAGAUAAAAAAUGUGCAAGCAAAAGCAUUGAUUUUGUUUACAUACAAUAGAAGUCAAUGAGGACCAUAAGUUUUUGGUUACCAACAAUUUUUCGAAAUAUCUUCUUUUGUGUUGUGCAGAAAAGUCACACAAUUUUCAAAUGACUUCUCCAAAAGACGUGGCUGAACCAAAAUUCUUGCCAGUUCCACAACCUACUAAAACAACAAAAAGGGGGUACUUCUGGCAAAUUGUUCCAGAACUACAAAAUUCUUUCUAUGGUGUGAAAGCCUGAAUGAAAACAGAAAAAAAACGUAUCCACAUUAAUAAUGUCUCAAAAGAAUUAAACAGGGACAAUGUAAGGGUUAUUAUAAUUUCAGGAUGAAUGUUUCUGUUAUUAUUUUAUAGGUAAAAAUUAAUUUCCUCAAUGUGUGAAUUACUGAAAAACUUCUUACUUUCAGAAACACUACAGGUGCUACUUCAAAAAGUAGACAGUUUGGCAGCCUCCCAGAGAGAAAUUCUUCUUCUGUUGAGAAGGAACCAGGGUCGGCAAAGAGAGGAAGAGACUUUGGAGCUUACUUAUGCUCAAAGCAAGGAGGAGUUUGAUGACCUGGACAAGCGUCUUCAAGACCCUGAAUUUAGGAAGAAAGUGACUCAUCAUCUCAGUCUUAUUGGCGGGGACACUCCAGGGGAAUGUGUACGAAGGGUUAUGAGGGCUGUAGCAAACAACGCUGUAUGGAGUCAAUACAGUCUGCUUGGGAAGCGAGAAAAGCUGCCUCUCAUCAGAACCACAGUCUGAAAAGUUAUUAAAAAUGCUGUCAUGAAAUGUAAAUCUGGGGUUGAAGAGAGGGACGUGGAGUGUUUAAUUGCGGAGACACUUAAACACGCACCGGCGUUCAUGAAAACACGUGUUCAGGACAAAGAAGUGGAGGAGUAGCUGAGAUCGUUCAAGGAAGCCACGUUCCAAUUAAAUUUUAAAUAUUUAAUUUGUAAUGUUAUGUUUGUGAUUUACAUGUAUGUUAAAUGUUCGUGUUCAAUAUAUAAAAUUCAGUUUGUCAUUUAUCUUGAAAAUAGUAAUUUCACCUUUAAAAUAGUCUUAUAAAAUAGUUAUGAGUAAAUAUUUAAAUUUUUAAUAUGUUAUGUAAUGUUUGUGAUUUAAAUGUAUGUUAAAUGUUCAUGUUCAGUCUGUCAUUCAUCUAUAUAAUCUUUAAAAUUGUUAUGAGUAAAUAUUUAAAUCUUUAAUAUGUUAUGUAAUGUUUGUAAUUUAAAUAUAUGUUAUGUUUAUGUACAGUAAAAAUAAUUUAAAAUAUGUGAGUCUGUCAUUAUAUUAUUAAAAGUCUUUAAAAUAGUUAUGGGCAAAUAAGGACAAGUUAAAUUAGUUGUACUGCAGAUGUCCGCCCAAAGAAUAUUAAAUAAAAGAUUUAAAUUACUAACUGGUUACCAACAUAAAACUUUUAAUCCAUUACGUUGUCAUGACUCAUUCAGAGUGAUAAUGUUGUGGCCUGUCAUACCCUUCCCCGAAGGAACAGCGGAGCAAAGCCUGUCAUAGUUGUUCGGUUUGUGAAUCGGAAACACAAAACUGAGUUACUUAGGCAAGCUAAAAAGUUGAAGGGUACAGGGGUGUAUCUGAAUGAACACCUUACAAAGAAGAACGCCGAAAUUGCUAGAUGCGCACGCAUACUGAGGAAACAGAACAAGAUACAGGCUACAUGGACAAGGAAUUGUAAAGUGAUGAUACGGUUAAAUGGAACACCAGAAGAAGCCAAAGUGCUCACAAUAAGAGAACUUAAAGAAUUGGACCAGUACGCGUGACGGAAGUCUACUGUAUGUGGAGAAAUAUUCGUGAUAAAUGACAAUGAUUGUGUUACAAGUGAAGACGUUGGAGUAAUAUCAAAUGAACUCACUUACUACAAAUGAUGGACAUUGAAAAGGAUUUUUUGUUCCCAUACACAGAUAUUGAUGAUGGGGAGUUUGUUACUAUUCACAAGGACUGUGUGUCAGACUACUCACAAAAUCAAUACUGUAAGUACGAAAAUUUGAAUUUAAAGACUUUCAAUCACACAGACUAUAAAAUGUAUGAUAUUGAAAAUGAUAUUGACCCGGAAAAUCAUUUUUACAAUACAGUAAAUAUUAAUUGCUGUGAGUAUUAUACAGAAGAACAAUUUAAUAAAAAUGUGGAUAUGGAAGGGGCAUUAUCAAUACUACAUUUCAAUAGUAGAAGUCUUUAUAGAAACUUUGUUCAAAUUAAGGAUUACGUGUGUCAGUUUAACAAAUUCAAUGUGAUAGCUGUGUCAGAGACUUGGCUUGAUAAUGAGAAAGUAGAAGAUGUAGAAUUGGAAGGAUACAAAUUGUUUACAAUUAACAGAGUGAAUAAAAAAGGAGGCGGUGUUGCUUUGUAUGUUGACACAGCGUUAAGAUGCAAAUUGAUUAAAAGUAUGUCAUUGACUAUAGAAAAUAUCCUGGAAUGCUUAACCAUAGAAAUUGAAAUUGAAAGAUCUAAAAACAUAAUUAUUAGUUGUGUGUAUAGAACGUCAGGAACAUGUAUAGAUACAUUUAUAAAUAAAAUAGUUGAUAUUCUUGAGAAAAAGAAUGAGAACAAGAUACAAAUUAUAUGUGGAGACUUUAACAUUGAUUUGUUGAAUCCAAAAGGACACAAGAGGACAACAGAUUUUAUUAAUACAAUGUAUAGUACAGGUCUUUUUCCUGUGAUUACAAAACCAAGUAGAAUAACAACAGAUACUGCUACAUUGAUAGAUAAUAUAUAUACAAAUGAAAUUGAAGCGGAAAUAGUAGGUGGAUUAUUUAUAAAUGAUAUGACAGAUCAUCUUCCGGUUUUUGCGAUCUUUCAAAAAUUAUUUACAAAAAUAAAUGAAAAUGGGACUAAUAACUAUAUGAUGAUCAGACAUAGAACGCCAGAAUCCAUUGCUGCCCUUGGGGAAGACUUACAGAAACAAAACUGGAGUGAGGUCUAUGAGAAUAAAGAUCCUAAUAGAGCCUAUAAUGCUUUUAUGAACAUACUAACUGGGCAAUAUGAAAAACAUUGUUUGUCUAAGAAAAUUGUAAAGAAGCGCAAAAAUGAUGAUAAACCUUGGAUUACUAAGGGAAUAGAGAAGGCAUGUAAAAAGAAAAAUGCUUUAUAUAGGAAAUUUAUAAUAACUAGAACCAAACAAGCUGAAGAUAAAUAUAAGACAUAUAAAAAUAAAUUAAUAAGCAUUAUAAGAUUUAGUAAAAAAGAUUAUUAUCAACAAAUAUUGGAAAGGCCUGAAAUGAUGCCUGGUCAAUAUCUCCACAUGCCUCCUCCAUUGCCUGUAAAAGGGCUACCUGUUGAUGAGGAUGACGGUCGUACACUUCCCAGCGCCAGGCAGAGAAGAACUCCUCGAUGGGAUUUAAGAAUGGAGAGUAUGGAGGGAGGUUGA